UGGGGUUCCUGUGUGUGUGGUGUUGGUUUUGUUUCACAAGCGAGUGAAGAAAGCCACAGUAAAUACCUCAACCCAUGGGCCUGAAACAUUCCCAGCCCCAGCUGUUCCCGGGAGACAUCGUGGAGUAUCCCAGGAACAAAUACUUCUCUCAUUUCGCGGUGUACUACGGAGAGAGGGAGGGUGUACCCUACGUUGCUCACCUGACAUGCCGAGAUUCAGACUCCAAGCUGCCGCUCUUUGGCCGAGCUCUGAGGUCAGAGAUCAAACUGGAUCCCCUGGAGCUGCUGGGGAAAAAGUACAAGGUCAACAACAUGUUGGACGACGCGUACCCAGCCAGAGACUUCCACGGCGUGGUGAAGCCGGCGAUCGAUGACUUGAUGGGACGAGAGGUGACGUUCGAUAUCUUGUUUCAUAACAGCGAGCACCAGGCGACGCUCCUCAGAUACGGAGUCAAGAAAUCCUCUCAGAUAGAGAAGAUUUAUGAACACAUCAUGCCGGCCUGGAAGAAACUGUUUGAGAAGAAAAAACUGUGAAAACUUCUACAUCUCAACCACUGGAGGGCGAUAUAUUGUUUCUACUAAUCCAUCGUUAGGGAUUAAAGGUUCCAUGGUAUAGUUAUAAUUUCUAAAAGGUUGGAAUAUUUCCAGAAGAAGGAAAUAAAAUGUUGUAUUUUAUAUUUGGAUUGAUGACACUUUUUAUUCUGGAAAUGGGAACAAAAAGAUUUUAUUUUAUAUUCUUUUCGCAUGUAUGCUGCAUCUUUAAUUAAAAUGUUUUUAGCCAAA